CGGGGUCUAAUGGCAGGAUGGCGGAGGCAGGGGGACCGGAGUCCGCCGCGGCCCGGUGCCUGGACGAGUCAUCGGACAGCGAGCCGGAGCAGGAGCCCGGAACCCCGCAGAAACUCAUCCGGAAAGUGUCCACGUCCGGCCAGAUCCGCAGCAAGACGGUGCUGAAGGAGGGAAACCUGCUGAAACAGACGAACUCGUUCCAGCGCUGGAAGAGACGAUACUUCAAGCUGAGAGGAAGGACGCUGUACUACGCCCAGACCGCCAAAUCGAUCAUCUUUGACGAGGUCGACCUGACGGACGCCAGCGUCGCCGAGUCGAGCACCAAGAACGUCAACAACAGCUUCACGGUGAUCACCCCCUGCAGGCGUCUCAUUCUGUGUGCGGACAACAGGAAGGAGAUGGAGGAAUGGAUGGCAGCGCUUCGCAGCGUCCAGAACAGGCAGAACUAUGAGUCCACCCAGUACAGCAUGGACCACUUCAGUGGGAUGCACAACUGGUACGCCUGCUCCCACGCCAGACCCACGUACUGCAACGUGUGCAGGGAGGCGCUGUCGGGAGUGACGUCGCACGGACUGUCCUGUGAAGUGUGUAAGUUUAAGGCCCAUAAGCGUUGUGCGGUCAGAGCCACCAACAACUGUAAAUGGACGACUCUGGCAUCUAUUGGGAAGGACAUCAUCGAGGACGAGGACGGGGUGUCGAUGCCCCACCAGUGGCUGGAGGGGAACCUGCCGGUGUCGGCCAAGUGCAACGUCUGCGACAAGACGUGCGGCAGCGUCCUCCGGCUGCAGGACUGGAGGUGUCUGUGGUGUAAAGCUAUGGUGCACUCGGGCUGUAAGGAGCAGCUGUCCUCCAAGUGUCCUCUGGGCCAGUGCAAAGUGUCCGUCAUCCCUCCGACGGCUCUCAACAGCAUCGACUCUGACGGGUUCUGGAAGGCCUCCUGUCCCCCAUCCUGCACCAGUCCUCUGCUGGUGUUUGUCAACUCCAAAAGCGGAGACAACCAGGGAGUGAAGUUCCUGCGACGCUUCAAACAGCUGCUGAACCCGGCGCAGGUGUUCGACCUGAUGAACGGAGGGCCCCACCUGGGGCUGCGGCUGUUCCAGAAGUUCGACACGUUCAGGAUCCUGGUCUGCGGAGGAGACGGCAGCGUCGGCUGGGUUCUGUCUGAGAUCGACGCCCUCACGCUGCACAAACAGUGCCAGCUGGGGGUUCUUCCUCUGGGGACCGGCAACGACCUGGCCCGGGUUCUGGGUUGGGGUUCAGCCUGCGACGACGACACUCAGCUGCCUCAGAUACUGGAGAAACUGGAGCGAGCCAGCACCAAGAUGCUCGACAGAUGGAGCAUCAUGGUCUACGAGACAAAGUUUCCGCGGCAACACUCGGCCUCCACCGUCACCGAGGACUGCAGUGACGACUCCGAGGUCCAGCAAAUUCUCACCUACGAGGACUCGGUGGCGGCUCACCUGUCCAAGAUCCUCACCUCAGACCAGCACUCUGUCGUCAUCUCCUCUGCCAAAGUUCUGUGUGAGACGGUGAAGGACUUUGUUGCUCGGGUCGGUAAAGCUUAUGAGAAGAACACCGAGAGUUCAGAGGAGUCAGAGGCCAUGGCCAAGAAGUGUGGCGUGCUGAAGGAGAAGCUCGACUCCCUCCUGAAGACUCUGAAUGAGGAGUCUCAGGCCUCCUCCGUCCUCCCCCCGGCUCCUCCCCCCACCAUCGCCGAGGAACAGGAGGAGGUCGAGGGCGUCGUCCUGGCUCCUCCUCCUCGUCCUGCUCCUCCUCCUCAUGCCCCACCAAGCUCCACCCCCUGCUCCCCACGGACCAACCCCUCCUCCUCUUCGGCGGCGGCCGCCAUCUUUAAACCUCGAGAGCAGCUGAUGCUGAGAGCCAACAGCCUGAAGAAGGCCAUCCGGCAGAUCAUCGAGCACACGGAGAAAGCCGUGGACGAGCAGAACGCUCAGACUCAGCAGCAGCAAGUUUUCUCUCUGAGCCGAGCCGAGGAAGACGAGGGUCUGGUGGAGGAAGACGAGGAGGAAGACGUGGACGAGGACAAGAUGUCUCUGCAGUCGUCCUACAGCUCCAAGAACCGCAACACUCGCAGAAUCAGUAAGACACCGUGUGAGAAGCUCAUCAGUAAAGGCAGCCUAUCGCUGGGCAGCUCUGCGUCACUUCCUGUCCAGACAGGAAGGGGAGAAAACAUGCCAAUGCUCAACACAAAGAUCCUCUAUCCAGGUUCUCUGUCGAGCAGCUCCGUCAUCAGUCGCCUGCUGGUCAACGCCGACCCGUUCAGCUGCGACCCCGACAACAUUGUGUCUGUGUGCGUUAGGGACUGCUACACCGAGAAGUGCGUCAUGAACAACUACUUCGGUAUCGGACUGGACGCCAAGAUCUCCCUGGACUUCAACAACAAGAGAGACGAGCAUCCGGAGAAGUGCAGGAGUCGGACGAAGAACAUGAUGUGGUACGGAGUCUUAGGAACCAAGGAGCUGCUGCACAGAACCUACAAGAACCUGGAGCAGAGAGUCCUACUGGAGUGCGACGGGCGUCCGAUCCCUCUGCCCAGUCUGCAGGGAAUCGCCGUGUUAAACAUCCCGAGUUACGCAGGAGGAACCAACUUCUGGGGGGGAACCAAAGAGGACGAUACCUUCACAGCUCCGUCCUUCGAUGAUAAGAUCCUGGAGGUGGUGGCCGUGUUCGGCAGCAUGCAGAUGGCCGUUUCCAGAGUCAUCAACCUGCAGCACCACCGCAUCGCACAGUGUCGGACAGUGAAGAUCACCAUCCUGGGGGACGAGGGUGUCCCGGUGCAGGUGGACGGGGAGGCCUGGAUCCAGCCUCCAGGUUACAUUAAGAUCAUCCAUAAGAACCGGACCCAGACCCUGACCAGAGACCGGGCCUUCGAGAGCACCCUGAAGUCCUGGGAAAACAAACAGAAGUGUGAGUUCCCCCGGACUCCGCCCCCUCAGCCUCCCCAGCCGCCGCUGUCCUCCCAACCAGAGAUCGUCUCCGAGGAGGAGGCGUCACUCGUCAGCGACUUCGGUCAGGCAGCCGGAGCCCUCAUACACAGCAUCCGUGAGGUCGCUCAGUCUCACCACAGUAUGGAACAGGAACUGGCACAUGCCGUCAACGCCAGCUCCAAGGCCAUGGAUGUGGUCUACGCCGACUCCGAGAGCGCAGGGGCUCUGAGCUGCAGCGUGGUGGUUCAGAUGGUCAGCAACGUCAAAGCUUUACUCAGCGAGACCGAGCUGCUGCUGGCUGGAAAGAUGUCCAUGCAGUUGGAUCCUCCUCAGCAGGAGCAGCUGAAUGCAGCUCUGAGCUCUGUGGCUCAGCAGCUCCGUCGGCUGGCUGAUGUUCCCUGGUUGUGUCCAUUCAUCGACCCGUCGGACCACGAGGGUCCUCUGAUUGACUUUUCGAAGCGCAGUCGCAGUGCCAAGUUUCGUCUCGUCCCGAAGUUCAAGAAAGAUAAAAACAACAAGAACAAGGAGACUUGUGCGACUCUGUCACUGCCAGUUCACCAGUGGGGGACGGAGGAGGUGGGGGCGUGGCUGGACUUUCUCUGUCUCACUGAGUAUAAGGACAUCUUUAUCGGACACGACGUCCGCGGAGCUGAGCUCAUCCACCUGGAGAGGAGGGACCUGAAGGACCUUGGUGUGACGAAGGUGGGUCAUAUGAAGAGGAUCCUGCAGGGCAUCAGAGAGCUCAACAGGAACAGCAGCGCCAGCGAGGCCUAACUGCCACCAGCAACAGUUGCCUGUUCCCCUCCCUCCUCUGCUGCUACUCCCCACCUCGCCCACCUGACCCGACCUCCGAACUCUGACCCUGGACCAGUGCUGCAGGUCUGCCACAUCUCACCUGACGACUCGCUGUGAUUGGACCAGGAUCGGGACCAGAACUCAAAUUCAGGGGGGGAAAAAAACUGACCAAACCUCUUCAUAUAGUGACCACCAAUCAGAUUACCCGCCAGUGCCUUGUCAUCCCACCCACCAGCCAAUCAGUGAGGAGGUCGGGUGGGCGGCGAUCCAGAGCCAAAAGUUUCUGAAGGGCUGCACCGGAGCCAUAAAACCACUGAGCUGGUUCACAGCAGGACUGUGGAAACGAGACUGAACUGUGACGGUGGAGUUUUCAUCAGCGCUGUAGAAUCCCCUGAACCCAACAGGACGUUCUCUGAAAGGAGCACAAGCUUCUGUUUCUGAAGGUUAUUUCCCAAAAGCACCACAGCAGCACUGCGAGCAUCUGCCCCGUCAGCACAAAGCUUCUAACACAUCAGAGAAAAGUAGUCGAGUAGAAAAGUAGAAAUACUCUGCUGUGUUUUCAGAUUGUUGACUGAAAGACUUUCUGCAAGAACUUAAAAAAAGUUUAUGUUGAAGCUCAACUAACAGCGAUCACUGCAGUCGAUCAGUGUUGCUACUGAAGACCUCACAAAUAGUAUUGAUUCAGUUUUUAAUAACUUGUAAGCAGCUUCUUGAGGGUCCAGCAGAACCUGGAACCACAAACCACACAUCAGCACCACUGUGUUCUUCGUCCAGCUUUAGUGACAGAUUUUUAGAUCCUGUCGAGAAAAACAGACUUUGAAGACCAGACGACUUGAUGAGCUGGAGGUUUGUCCUCAGAGACUCGGGCUGCUGGUUAGAAACCUGGCCAGGUGUCAGCAGGCGUCCUGUGAUCCAGAUCAGGUAGAUGUUGCUCCUCGAGGGGCUCCGGUCUUCGGGAGGUUGGUGGUCAUCACACCAGGACGACUCCAGAAACCCAACAGCUGACGUCUACCUGCACCAACCCGGCCUCACCUGACCAGCGACCAUCAGAACACGUUGGACCAAGAUGCAGCAAAAACCCUUUAAACAGCAGCUCAGAGACUUCAGAGGAAGCGUUUCUCUGCCAGUGAUGGACCACUGUGACACCGAGUGACUGGAUGGAGAGUUUUCUACUAAAACAUAUUUAUUGUCUUCUGAUGUUUAGAGUGUCUUAAAAAAAAAAAGAAAAGAAGUAGACAGGUAGAGACGCUGGUGGACGGGUCAGGUGGUCUGAUGGAGACCAAUCAGAUCGUCGUCUCCUGUCUGCCGACUUCUUUCUGUUUCUGUGUUCGUCCUUCUGUCCGUCUGCAGGUUUGUUAUGUGGUGUUCAGUUUGUUUCCCGACAAGCAACAAAACAGAACCUUUGAGCGGUUUACAGAACUUUAUCGGCCGUCGUCUGAAACUGUUUGAGGGACCAAACGAACGGAUUAUUAUCUGACAACCCUGAUUUAGUUCAAACCUGAUGUCUAUAAGAGAUUAGCGGAGACGAAGCAUCUCCGAGCAGCGACCUGAAUCCUCUUAAUUUAACUCUUUGAAGCCUUAACUUCAGCUCAGUCAGUGAAGCAUCAUCAGUUUCUGCUUCUCAUCAACUCCAACCUCUGUUUGGUUGCAGCUCCAGUUUCAUAUCAUCGUAAAUCCAACGUCCUGCGGUGGACAUUUGUUGUUUUUUUUUCCUCAACAAAAAGCAUCAAACUGUUGGUUUUACUCGACAGCAGCACUCAUCAGAUGUUGUUGAAACAUCACCCCGUCGUCAUUUUGGUCUAAACGAUGGCGUCCGUAGCAUCGGAGUGUUCUGUCAGCCAGAAAACCGCAGCUUUCCAGUAGAGCAGCAGUGCAGUUUAGUGUUUACAUGAUUUAUCGUUCCAGGUUGUCGGACUGAAACCAAACUUUAUCAAGCGAUGCCUUAAACCUCCCGUUGAUCACGCGUCAGUGUCAGCCGGCUUCACGCAUGCAGUAAACGUGUUUCGCUGUUGAAUCUGCCUUCAGUCGCUCUGCCGCACCGUUUAGUCUUAAAGCGGGAGGCGACGCUCAGAAGAACUCAGAUGUUUUCUCGUUUAAACCAGUUCAGGUCAGUUGAUCCUCAGAGCGACGGCGCUUCAGACGAGGCUGCAGCUUCCUUUCGCUGCCUUUCAGUGUUUUUGUCUGGUUGUUGUUCUGCUGUCAGACGCUGAGGCUUUAACCUCAGUGUAGAUGUACGACGAGCUGUUUUCACAUUUAGUAUCUGACUCUGACUCUCCGGGAUUUAAAUUACAAAUAUCAGCAAUUCUGACCACUCAAAACCUCGGCCUGAGAGAUCUGGAAUUCAGUUUGAACUAGUCGAGAUGAUAGCUGUAGACGCCACUUAUCACGACGAAGCAGAAUCACAGUUUGAUGUCUGCGAUGUCAUUUUGACCAGAGUCAAAGAAGGACAAUGUCGAUAUUUUGAAUUUCGGGGAGAUAAAGAUCUCUUGUACUAGAAGUCAGAGUUAACUGUAGUCAUCUGGUUUUCUGAAAUGUUCUUUUGACUAAUUGAAUUGCAGCUCAUAUCCAGUCUAGAUAUUAAGUGUUUAAACUGCUCGCUGUGGUGAACUUCCUGCAGCUCCACUGUGACUUUAUAUUCUGCUGCUGGCUUUGCAGCUUGGAUCACUUCUGCAGUUUGUUUUUUGCUGUUUUUCAUUUCAUGGUGAAAUACUCUAAAGCAGACAGUGUGUAAAUACAACAAUGAAGAAGCUAAACUAUUGCUAACAGCUACACCAAAUCCCAGAAAGAUGGUUUAUAUUUUUAGAACUUAAACACAAAGAAUCUUCGUAUCAUGUGCACAAGAUUACUCCAACACAAGGGCUCAGUUUCCCACAAACGGAUGAAGCCAAAACAACUUUCAUUUAGAUCGUUAUUGAAUUCUUUUGUUUGUCUCCGACGAGGCUGACUUUGCGUGUGGAAAACUGACUCAGAUAUGUACUCUGCUCUUGUUUCUAUAUAGAUCUGUAGCGUAUCUGCAGAACUGCUGUCUUACAUACAGACGUGGACACAUUUUGGAUCCAGAUGUUAACCUGCUGCUCACAAAAAAAAAAACCUCAGUAGGAAUAUUUCAGUUUUAGGAACCUGAAACUUUGUCCAAAAAUUUUCACGAUCUCAAAGUAAACAGGAGCCACUGCAGCAGAAAUCAGUGUUUCGUGACGUUGGUGUGAUUCCAGCGAUCGUGCAGGUGUGUCGCAGGUGUUCCAGCACCUGUCGGCCUCCUGCAGUGCCUUGUUCAUUUCAAACGGAGGUUCGUCCUCCGCUGUCGACCCACAUGUGUAUUUAUUGGAUAAUUUAUGGACCGAUCCUGAUACUGUACGCUGUCAUACCUCUGUUUGUACAUACGCCCCCUGCUGGGCCGUCACUGUAAAUACAUGUUCUGUUUGUACAGAGAAACAUUGAAACGUCCCGAAAGAAAUAAAAAGUUUCAUGUUGUCACUGGAGAAAA